AAGGGAGACCAGUCAGCCUCAAGGAAACAGGAGCGAGCACGGAGCGCGUUGGUGCAUAUUGGGGGUUUGGGGGUAGGCUGGUGUGUGGAGUGGGGGGAAUCCUGACAAAUGUACAGCUGUCAUGCAGGAAACAAAGGCUUUCUGGAAGGGCUCCCAGACCUCUGCCGCUGCUGGCGCCCGAACCAAUGAGCUGGGAGAACAGAGAGGUAGCCCCACCUCCGCCUGCCUGGCUGGGGUUCCUCUAGCCGGGGAUGGAUUGAGGAACAGAGGCUGGGCUGGGAGCCAAGUUGCCUGUAGGAGCUCAGUGCCUGGGAAAGCUUCCUUCAGAUCUGGCUGGCUGGCUGUGCACGAGUGGAGAGGCUGGACUAGAGAAGACACUGCAAGUUUCUCUGCCCCUUACUCUAGGGGUCAGAGACGGGACCAGCGGACAGAUACCAGCAGGUUUGAGGCUUUUGCUAUGACCGAAGCCUUGCCACAGAGCCAGGACGUCCCCCUGCAGCCAAAUCAACACCAGGCUCCCUUCCUGCCCUCCUGGCCUUUGGCCCCAAGUGACCAUGGGCAGUGUCAGCAGCCUCAUCUCAGGCCACAGCUUCCAGGGCAAGCACUGCCGGGCCUCCCAGUACAAGCUUCGUAAGUCAUCCCAUCUAAAGAAACUUAACAGGUAUUCAGAUGGGUUGCUGAGAUUUGGCUUCUCGCAGGAUUCCGGUCAUGGUAAAUCCAGUUCUAAAAUGGGCAAGAGUGAAGAUUUCUUCUACAUCAAGGUCAGUCAGAAGGCCCGAGGCUCCCACCGAACAGACUACACCUCAUUGUCCAGUGGGGAGAUGGGAGGCCAAGCUGGGAUGGACUUUGGCACCCCUCCGAAGCUCAUGCCUUUCUCCAAUCAGCUGGAACUGGGCUCAGAAAAGAACAUGGCCAGACCGACAGCCUUCAAGCCUGUGUUGCCCCGGUCAGGGGCUCUUCUCCACUCCUCUCCCCCAGACAGUGCCAGUCACCAGCUGCACCCGGCUCCUCUGGAUAAAGCCAAGGAGCAGGAGCUGAAACCGGCCCUGUGCUCCGGCGCGCUGUCGGAUUCGGGCCGGAACUCCAUGUCCAGCCUCCCCACUCACAGCACCAGCAGCAGCUACCAGCUGGACCCCCUGGUGACCCCCGUGGGGCCCAUCAGCCGCUUUGGGGGCUCUGCCCACAACAUCACCCAGGGCGCCGUGCUCCAGGACAGCAACAUGAUGAGCCUGAAGGCCCUGUCCUUUUCCGACGGGGGCAACAAGAUCGGCAACCCGAGCAAAGCGGACAAGGCCGCCUGCAUCCGCUCGCCCCUCUCUACCGACGAGUACACCAUCCAGGAGCUGGAGCAGAAGCUGCUGGAGAGAGAGGGCGAGCUGCAGAAGCUGCAGAGCAGCUUCGAGGAGAAGGAGCUGGCCUCCAGCCAGGCCUACGAGGAGAAGCAGCGGCGCUGCCAGGAGGAGCUGGACGGACUCAAGCAGAAAUGCAGCAACAAACUGAGGCAGGCCUCCCAGAAGGGCCAGCGGACCCAGCAGGCUCUGCAGCUCCAAGUGUUCCAGCUCCAGCAGGAGAAGAAGCAGCUCCGGGGGGAGCUGGAAAAUCUCAUGAAGGAGCAAGACUUGCUGGAGACCAAGCUGAGGUCCUACGAGAAGGAGAAGACCAGCUUCGCUCCUGCCCUGGAGGAGACCCAGUGGGAGGUUUGCCAGAAGUCGGGUGAGAUCUCCCUCCUGAAGCAGCAGCUGAAGGAGUCCCAGACAGAGGUCAACGCCAAGGCCAGCGAGAUCCUCAGCUUGAAGGCACAGCUGAAGGACACUCGGGGCAAGCUGGAAGGGAUGGAGCUGAAGACCCAAGACCUGGAGAGCGCCUUACGGACCAAGAGCCUCGAGCUGGAGGUGUGCGAGAACGAGCUGCAGCGGAAGAAGAACGAGUCCGAGCUGCUCCGGGAGAAAGUGAACCUGUUAGAGGAGGAGCUCCUGGAGCUGCGGACCGAGGCCAGCCUCCUCCGCCAGGAGCGUGGCCGCCGGGGCGAUGCCGAGUGGGAUGGUGUCUCCCCGGGGGCCGCUCUAGCCUCAGAGGACAUCCCUGCCUUGCAGAGGGAGCUGGAGCGGCUUCGAGCCGAGUUGAAGGAGGAGCGGCAGGGCCACGACCAGAUGUCGUCCGGCUUCCAGCAUGAGCGGUUGGUCUGGAGGGAGGAGAAGGAGAAAGUGAUCCAUUACCAGAAGCAGCUGCAGCAGAGCUACCUGGCCAUGUACCAACGCAAUCAGAGGCUGGAGAAGGCCUUGCAGCAGUUGUCCAGGGGGGAAGGGAUGGUGGAGCCCUUGGAGAUUGACAUCCAGGGGGCUGAUGUCCCCUAUGAAGAUAUCAUUGCCACCGAGAUCUGAGGAUCCCGUCCCCCCACCCUGGGCAGAAAUGCUGGACCCAUCCAAGAGGACAUAUCCCUUGCCCUUUGCUCAGCUGAGCUAUUCUCAGAGCAGCCCCUUCUUCUCUGUUGCCCAGGUUAUCCCCCUCUCCCUGACCCCCCACACCCUGCCCCCAGAGGUACAAUAUAACUUGAUGGCUCCUCCAAAAGAGAAGAGAUAUGUGGUGAGACUUGAUUCUGUGGCUAAACCCUCAUCAUGGUGUCUGCAUCAUGGGAGUAGCAUGAGUUGAGUUGGUCAUCAUAGCCUUGACUGCCCUCCCAGGGGUACUAUAGCCAUCCCAAUCUCAUCUCUAUCUUUGUGGACACCCAGAAUUUUCUUCUUGCCUAAGAAGAUUUUGUUUUUCUCAUGAAGACACUAUUUUGCCUUGGGAUGGAGAAAAGCCAUUUCUGACCAGGAGCCUUGGAACUAGACUCUUGGUAGGGAGAAGUCCUUAACGAUAUCCUGAAUUGUUUCUCAUUUAUCAAGAAUAAGAAGCUUCCAGAAUUCUUCAAAGUCCAGCAAGAUCCUUCCCUGCCCCUCAAAAGCAGACUCGAUAGGAAGAAUGACUCCAAGGAUGCCAGGUAUAAAGUUAGGGGAAAAGUCUCUGAGUUUAGGGUUACCCUAAGAUAAAUGAAAGAGGAAGGCAAAUUGAUCACAGGGAAAUGAUAGAAAAUGACUACUCUACCACAAAACUAAAGCCAGGGGCAGACUCCUGCCAAGUCUAGCUCAUAUCCUCUAGAGUAGGGCCAGGAUGCUCCAUGGCCAGAAAUGGUUGGUGGCUCUCUCCAAAGAUGGCUGCUAAGCUUUGAUUUCAGUGACUAGUGUCUCCUAAGCCAUGGGAACCAAGGAAUUGGACUUCAGAAAGGAAAGACAAAUGGCUGUGCUUCCCCAGGUAUUCUGAAGCAGGGAUUUGUACUACUUUCCCACUGUCCUCAGAAGAGCUGCCAGUUUUUUCCAGGCAGACCAAGGGAGUAGAUUUCCCUGCUGUUUCUAAGCUAGAAAUCUGCUGCCUUUCUUCCACCCCAAGUUGGAAGUAUUCCUUUAGAGUCCAGAAUUAAUGAUAGACACCACCGCUUCACAUGUAACUGCUGGGCUUCUGUUCUUGGCUCCUUGUCCCCUGGCCUUAUUCAUUCUUCCACACCCACCUGGCCCACUUGUUGGGUAGCAUCUUCAGUGCCAAUUAUCAACAAGCUGCCCAAAGUGCCAUUGGGCUAGUGGUGCCAGAGCUGAAGGUGGAAGAUAUUUUCAUCUACCAACCCCAAUUCUAUCCAGUAAACUCACACACACACUCCCCUCAUCCUCCCUCCACCUUACAGAAAGACGGACACCAAAAAGCCAGGCCAGCAUGAUCAGCCAAAAUCCAAAAGAACUGGAAAUCAGAAGGCUUGGGAUCUACUCCCAGCUCUGCUGCUAACUAGCUGCGUGACCUUGGAGAAAUUAUUUCCCUUCUCAUGGACUUCAAUUUCUUCUUCUGUAAAAUGAAAGGAAUAGACUAGGUCAUUGUGAAGUUUCUUUCCAGCUUUAAAAAUUUGUGAGCUGUUCCCCUCCCCUGGCCCCCAAUUCUUCAGUUUCUAGCACAUUGAAUUGCUUGGUUUGGAAAUUGUUAAAGGAGACUUUCCCCCCCUCUGAAGCAGACAGCAGACCUAGCAGGCAGCCGGCUGUUCCCCAGUCUAUUUUUGCCUCUAGCUGCAGAUGCUGUACUUGUAACAGUCAUCUCCCUCCAAAUCUCAGAACUGUCUGCCCAGCACUUCCCAGGGAGAAGUUUCUUAGGGAAGCAGAAGGGAAGCAGCAAUUGAGGUUCUUGAAAUUUUAAGGUUAGGUAGCUCUCUCUCUGCUCCCUUGUCUCCUCAGCAUUGACCUACUUCUUCCAGAGAAACAUCUCCUCCCUCUUCCCUGGUGCCAUUCAGUUUCCUCCUUGCAUUUCAGCACUCCUUCCCUCAAAUCCAAGGUCCAGAAUAGAAGAUUAGAAGUCUAGUUUCCCUUAGUCUGUCCAUGGAGUCCCCAACAUUCCUUUGAGAAUCUGCUGUCCAGUAUUGCUGAUUAGGGCUACGAGGGAGUAACCUGCUAGGAGAGGAAAGGAUCACCUUCCCCCAAGCCCACCUACAAUAAUAUGGCCCCUUGACUGAAGAAUUUGCUCAGGAGCUCAAUUCUUGCUGAGCUUUACAGUCAUGGCUGGUUUGAAGAUCAAUUUGAACCUGGAGUUCCAAAACCAAAUGUCCUUUCUUUGCCCUGAGGGCAGGACCCUGAGGGGUACCCAGGUCCCAGCCAGUAAGUAAAAGACCUCUUUCCCAACCCCAAACCCUUUCAUACCAGCCUGUGCCUUGAAUGAUUCCAAAUCUUCCCACUCAAUCUUUUAGCAAAAAAAAACAUAAACAAAAACAAAAAAAAUUGGGUAGAGAGAGCCAGUAAUUAUACCUUGAACUAAAGUCUACCCAGGAGAAAAAAGCCCCCAGAUUCUUCCCACAAAACUUCAUCCAAUCAAUGAGUAUUUUUUAGCACCUGCUAUGUGCCAAGAACCAUGGUGGGUAGGCCUUGGGAAUACAAAUACAAAGAAAAAAUGGAUGCUUCACCCAUGGAAAGGGUUUUCUGAACCCAAAGAACAGGAUGUUAAUGUCCUUAGCAAAUAAGAAAGUUCUCCUAAUCUCCCCAACAGCCAUCCAUACUCCAGGAAUUUGAGCCUUUGAUUGGAGGACGACCCUAUGUGGAUUGCCUUUGAAGCUUUUGGCUCCAAUAUCCCUGGGUGCAAAGAUGCCUUUCUCUAAGGGCAUGGCCCAGUGCUAAGGUCUGUGUCCUUUAUCCUGACACGGGUGCUGCUGCUUUCUAUAACAUAGCUAGGCCGGUCUGGUAGACUAGGUUUCCCUUUUCUUGGCACUGGAUGGAAAGUCCUUGAUGCCCUUGGACCAUGCCAACCUGGGCACCUCAGAAAUAGGGAAAAGAUACGAAGGUGGGCAAGUUUCCUGUCCUUUGAGAAGUCGAGGUUGAGUCUGGAGCAAGAAGGUUAACUAUUCUGGUUCCUUUUACAGUGUAAGAUGUCCACCUCACUGCCCUUUCCUCUGGCAACAUUCUUGCUCCUCCUGUCACCCACUGCUUGCUUGUUUUUAUUUUCCAAAUGACUCCCUGUGCUCCCAGAGGAAUGAGGAUGACUGAAUGCUUUAUCUGCAAAGCCAUAGCCCAGAACGCCCAUCCUCUUACCCAGAAGGGUACUUUGUGCAUAUGUUUUGGAAGCUGACCUCUGUGGACUGUCUUCACUGCAAUGACUGGAUGCCUUUCCGGAAUGUCUUGCCCUCUCCCUUGUGACCUGCAGCUAUGGGUCCCUGACUCCAACUGGCCCUAAACUGAAAGGUGGAACUCGAGGUGUGCUGUUUCAGGAGCCCUGUGAUCCAGGAGUUGGAAACUAAAGGGCCCCUCAGGCCAGCCCCAGCUGCAGAAGGGGAAGUGUUUAAGUGAAUAUCUAGGAUACAUGUCCAGUAAGCGAGGACCAUUCCUUCCUUAAACGUUCUUUCCAGGAGCCCUGGUGAGAUAACAGGCAGGAAGAAUUGGACUGGUCCCUAGAGGAGGCACCUGGGUGCAGAAUCUCCUGCCUGCCCAAUGGCUAUAAUCUGAGCCAAUGCCCCAGAGCUGUAUGGGCAGUGCCUGUGGGGUACCCUGAAGCCUUCGUGUCUGCCUUGGCCACACUAGCCCAUGUCUGCCAAGUCACUGCAGGUGUGCAAGAGGGACUGCCCCAGGAGGACAUUCCCUACCCCCCAAUACCCAUUCCCACCUCCAACUUCUGGGGGCUGGUGUUUUCUUCAACAUGUAAAUAGAUUUUCUUCCCUUUAUUGUUUUUGGCUUUUGGCAUCUCUCUUUUAUUCUAUUUUUCAUGUCUUUUUUUCUGGCCAUGUAAAUGUUCCUUGUAAUUUUAUGUUUUAAUUUAUAAAUAAAGAAUGCCAUAUCUCCAUCAA